UUUCCCUAGCUAGAACUUUCAUGCAACAUCUCCCACUUCUUCACUCACUCACGUAAUUUCUUAAAUUUAUAACGCUCCUGCAUUUUAUUAUUCUCGUAUCCAAAUUCCUCUCGAUAUUGACAAAAUCUCGAAAUAUGUUCUCCGAAGCUUGCUCUGUCUACUUUUUUCUUGUCAUUGUUUCAUUUCUCGUGAGCUGCUCGAGCUCGAAUUCUGUUGACUCCGUCAUCUACGGCGGAUGUUCUCAGACCAAAUACGCUCCCGCGUCGCCUUACGGAUCAAACGUGAACUCCCUCCUCUCUUCCCUCGUUAACUCCGCCGCAAUCUCAAAAUUCAACAAUUUUAAGGUCUCUCUUCCCGGCUCAGCACCGUACGACGUCGUCUACGGCCUUUUCCAAUGUCGCGGCGACCUGAAUCCCUCGGGAUGUCGAGACUGCGUCUCGCAUUCCGUCAGUCGACUAGGCAACCUCUGCCCGGGAGUCACGGGGGGCGUCUUACAGCUCGACGGCUGUUUAGUCAAGUACGAUAACGUUUCUUUCGUAGGAGUUGAGGAUAAAGCGGUCGUGUUUAAAAAAUGCGGUCCGUCGAACGGGUACGAUCCCGAAUUGUCGAACCACCGCGACGCGGUGCUCGGGUACCUGACAGGCGUAGGCCAGUAUUUUCGAGCCGGCGGGUCCGGGAAAGUACAGGGGGUGGCACAAUGUGUACAAGAUUUAAGUGUGACGGAAUGUCAGGAUUGUCUCGGAGACGCGACAGAAUCCCUAAGAACCGAGUGCGAGUCGGCCGCUUGGGGCGACAUGUUCCUGGCCAAGUGUUACGUCCGCUACUCUGAUCAUGCUCACCACUUGAGAAAUAAUGAUCCGAAUGAAUUAACGGACAAGACGCUGGCCAUUCUUAUCGGACUCAUAACUGGGGUCAUACUGAUUAUUAUUCUUUUAUCUGGCUUUAGUAGACUCUGCGAUGACCAGAAAGAUGGAAAAUAGAAUUCUCAUGUUUGCAAGCAAAUAAGCAAUCACUGAGACGAUGGUGCAGAACAUUCAGCUCUAGCAUUACUUUUAAACUUUAAACUUUGCAAGAUAGAGAUAGGAGUGUGGUGUAGACAAAUCUAUACACUGGAGCAAAUGAAGAAAGUGGGAGCCAGCAGAAACAACAUGGUGCACAACUCAAGCAGCAGAAACAACAAGAGCACAACUCAAGCAAAGCAAAUAAGUCACUAUGGCAUACUUUUUCAUUGCUUCUGGAUGUUGUAAAUGAUGGAUGCAUAAAUACAUUUUUCGACUAUAGUACUGUCUUCAAAGAUGUUGCUUUAGAUAAAUACCUUUAGGUAGGUAGAUUAGCUGCACAGUAGUUGUAGUGCAUAUUGUUGAUAGCCUGUCAUGGUCUUGGAGCUGAAGCUUUUUCUCCAUUUCAAAUCA